GGAGUUUAUAACAUAUUUAAUCUCAUUCAUGAAUCGAACUUCCUUUUUAAGUCAUGGAUGACAAGGCUUCUGUUGGAAAAAUCAGUGUCUCUUCAGACUCGGUAUCCACUCUUAACAGUGAAGAUUUUGUCUUGGUUUCCAGGCAAGGGGAUGAAACACCAUCUACAAAUAAUGGUAGUGAUGAUGAAAAAACAGGACUGAAGAUUGUGGGGAAUGGAAGCGAGCAGCAGCUGCAGAGGGAGCUCGAAGACGUGCUGAUGGACCCACCCAUGGAAGAUCAGUCAAGUGACCGGGACCAUGGAGAAGAAGUUAGGACUGAUGGAGAUGGGGAAGAACCUGUUGUUCUUGAAGCUUCAGCAUCCUCUACCAUUAACCCAGUGUCGAUGGCAGGACUUCAGAAACCAGAAAUGAGUUUGCCAGUGAAACCAUCCCAGGGAGACUGUGAGGAUUUGAGCCCUUUUACACCUAUGACAGAUGAGGACAGUGUGGUGUUCAGCAAGCUCACCUACUUAGGCUGUGCCUCUGUGAACGCUCCCCGCAGUGAAGUGGAAGCCCUCAGGAUGAUGUCCAUCUUACGAAGCCAGUGCCAGAUCUCUUUAGAUGUGACUCUGUCAGUGCCUAACGUCUCUGAAGGGACAGUGAGACUUCUGGAUCCUCAGACAAACACAGAAAUAGAAAAUUAUCCAAUCUAUAAAAUCCUUUUCUGUGUACGAGGGCACGAUGGAACCCCUGAAAGUGAUUGCUUUGCUUUCACUGAAAGCCACUACAAUGCAGAACUCUUCAGGAUUCACGUCUUCCGAUGUGAAAUCCAAGAGGCUGUGAGCCGCAUCCUGUACAGCUUUGCCACUGCCUUCCGCCGCUCUGCCAAGCAAACCCCCCUCUCAGCCCUGGCCACCCCCCAGACCCCAGACAGUGACAUCUUCACCUUCUCCGUGUCCCUGGAGAUCAAAGAGGACGACGGGAAAGGUUAUUUCAGUGCUGUUCCCAAAGACAAGGACAGGCAAUGCUUUAAGCUCCGCCAAGGAAUUGAUAAGAAGAUAGUGAUUUACGUCCAGCAGACAACAAAUAAAGAACUUGCUAUUGAGAGAUGUUUUGGCCUUCUCCUUAGCCGUGGGAAGGAUGUCCGGAGUGGUGACAUGCACCUUCUAGAUUUGGAGUCCAUGGGUAAAAGUUCUGAUGGCAAAUCAUACGUGAUCACUGGGAGCUGGAAUCAAAAAUCUCCACACUUCCAAUUUGUAAAUGAAGAAACACCAAAAGAUAAAGUAUUGUUCAUGACUACUGCUGUGGAUUUGGUGAUAACUGAGGUUGAGGAGCCUGUUCGGUUCAUUCUGGAGACUAAAGUCAGAGUUUGUUCACCCAACGAGAGGUUGUUCUGGCCCUUCAGCAAACGUAGCUCUACUGAAAAUUUCUUCCUAAAAUUGAAACAGAUAAAGCAAAAAGACAGAAAGAAUAACUCAGACACGUUAUAUGAAGUCGUGUGCCUAGAAAGUGAGUCAGAAAGGGAGAGAAGAAAAACUACAGCAAGCCCCUCCCUUCGUCUGCCCCAGUCUGGGUCACAGGGCUCCAUGAUUCCUUCUCCUCCAGAGGAUGAUGAAGAGGAAGACAAUGAUGAACCACUCUUAAGUGGUUCUGGGGACGUUUCCAAAGAGUGUGCAGAGAAAAUUCUUGAGACGUGGGGAGAGCUGCUGUCCAAAUGGCACCUCAAUCUGAGCGUGAGGCCAAAGACAUUGUCGGCGUUGGUGAGAAGUGGUGUCCCCGAGGCCCUGAGAGGAGAAGUGUGGCAGUUGCUGGCUGGGUGUCACAACAACGAUCACCUGGUGGAGAAGUACCGAAUUCUCAUCACAAAG